AUGUUCGCUCAAUUACUAUCUAUCUUGCCUGUCUUGGCCGCGCUCCCUGCCGCCCAAGCCUACUUUAUUCUGUCUCACCCUAUUCUCGAGACCACUCGACUUGACCCUAUCGUCAACCCUGGUGACAUUGGUACUCAUGUCCACUCGAUUGUUGGAGGUAACAACUUUGACAAAUCUAUGACAUACGAGUCUACCCAACAAUCCACUUGUACCACCGCGGGCGUUUCCGUUGACAAAUCCAAUUACUGGACUCCUCAAUUGUACUACUACAACCCCAAGGAUGCAACUUACUCAGCUGUUCCCAUUUCUUACGUCAACACCUACUACCUUCCUCGAUACAGUCCUGGUGAGACCACCGUUCGAGCUUUCCCCGAUGGUCUCCGAAUGCUUUCAGGUGACGCCACCAGAAGAACCUAUAACAAUGAUGCAGACUCCAAUGCUGUCAGUUACGUCUGUCUCGACUACAACGGAAACCACUCCGGCGACCCUGCAUGGGACCAAAGAAACUCUUUCUUCGAGCACAACUGUCCUAACGGUAUGAGAGCUCAAGUGUUCUUCAGAUCAUGUUGGGAUGGUGUCAACCUCGACUCUGAUGAUCACAUCAGUCACAUGGCUUGGCCCAGUGGAGGUGUAAACGGUGGUUCAUGCCCUUCCACCCACCCUGUCCGACUUGUCUCCCUCUUCUACGAGUUCAUCUACAACGUACAAGCAUUCCCUUACAAUAACGGUUCCGACCCAACAUGGGUUUGGUCUAACGGUGAUACUACUGGUUACGGUCUUCACGGUGAUUUCGUUAACGGAUGGCCUUCUUACAACAACGGUACCAACGUUCUUCAACAAGCUUUAAAUCAAUGUAACCAGAACAACGGUGUCGGUGGUGAACUCGACCAAUGCCCUCCUUUCGUUCCUUACCUUGAUUCUUACAGUGCCAACGCUUGUACUCCUCUCAACGACCAAGUCGACGAAGAUGUUGGUUUCGGUCAUUUCAUCAAGUCAAUCCCUGGUGACAACCCUCUUUGGAUUGGUGAUGUCGACAAACCUACAUACGGCGACAACUACACUGAUGCUGGUAUCGGCUACACCGACUUCAAAUCUGUCAUUCCUUCCGGAUACACAGAUGUCGGUUGUAUCGCCGAAGGUACCAGUGGUCGAGCUCUUGCCGGUGCUCAUUUCUCCAAUACCAACAUGACUCGAGGCGGUUGUGUAUCUUGGUGUCAAGACCGAGGUUACCCCCUUGCCGGUAUCGAAUACGGUUCUGAAUGUUACUGUGACUUUGCCAUGCGAAACGGGGCUUCCAACACUACUCUCCUCAAUUCAUCUAAAUGUGGUAUGACUUGCGCCAACAACACCAAUGAGAAAUGUGGUGGUUCAUCAACCCUCGAGCUUUUCAACAACCCUGCCCUUUACCCUGUCGCUAAACUUCCUACUGGCUGGUCCACAAACGGAUGUGUAACAGAGGGGUCUAAAUCUCGAGCUUUGACCGGAUACUCUUUCUCCACCAGCUCAAUGACUCAAGAACUAUGUAUGACCACUUGUCAAGCUAAAGGCUUCUCUUUCGCCGGUAUCGAAUACGCUUCCGAAUGUUACUGUGGUAAUGCUUUCACCACCGGUGCCAACCCAGCCACCGAUGGUUGUACCAUGGCAUGUUCCGGUAACUCGCUCCAAGUUUGUGGUGGUGGUAACAGACUUACUACCUUCUCAUACUCGAACGCUACCGUUGUCGCUCCCAGCGCUUCUGCUUCUGCUUCUGCUUCUGCUUCUGCCUCAGUAUCUGCUUCUGCCAGCUCCAGUGCUAGCAAGUCUGCUUCCUCUUCGGUCGCUUCAUCCUCUUCAUCAGCUGCUGCUUCAUCAUCUUCAUCUGCAGCUGCUUCAUCAGCUGCCAAGUCAUCAAGCUCUUCAUCCUCCGUUGCAGCUUCAUCAACUUCAUCAGCUGUUGUCGCCUCUUCUUCAAGCUCUGCUGCAGCUUCUUCGUCGAGCUCCGCUGCCAAGAGCUCUUCCAGCUCUUCCGCUACGGCUCCUUCAUCAUCGAGCUCAGUAGCCGCUUCAUCCAGCUCCGCUGCUGUUUCGUCAAGCUCAUCAUCAGCUGCUCCUUCUUCAUCAAGCUCAGCAGUCGCUUCUUCCAGCUCAUCUUCAGCUGCCAAGAGCUCCGCUUCAUCUGCUGCUCCUUCUUCAUCAAGCUCAGUUGUUGCUUCUUCCAGCUCAUCGUCAGCUGCCAAGAGCUCCAGUUCAUCUGCUGCUCCUGCUUCUUCAAGCUCGUCAGCAGCUGUUUCAAGCUCUUCUUCCGCUGCUGUUUCAAGCUCUUCUUCCGCUGCCAAAUCCUCCUCCAGCUCUGCCGCUGCCUCAAGCUCAUCUUCAGCUGCUGUCUCAAGCUCCUCUUCCGCUGCUAAAUCAUCAACCUCUUCAUUGGUCGCUUCAUCCACUUCAGCUUCUGCCGCUCCUUCCGCUUCCGCAUCUGCUGGAGCUUACAUGGCUUACACUGGAUGUUUCCACGACACUUCCGGUGGACGACACUUGAAUGGAUCCUACGCAGCUGGAUCGAACAUGAACAACGAAGUCUGUACUUCAUACUGUCAAUCUAAAGGAUUCGCUUAUGCCGGUACCGAAUACGCUCAAGAAUGUUACUGUGGAAAUUACCUUAACAUGACCCUUGCAGCCAACGAAGCUAAAUGUAACACCCCUUGUAGAGCUACCAACGCUCAAACCGGUGCCACAGAAUACUGUGGUGGUGGUUUGAUCUUAUCAGUUUACACCACGGGAUUAAACGCAAACGCUCACCCUUAUGGCACAAAACCAGCAAACCCAAACAGACGAUCAGCUAAAUUCAGAUUAUAA